AUGAUUACUCUUCAAGAAGUUUCACUUCCGACAGAAGGAAUAUGUUAUACUGAGGAGGACGUACAACUAUUUCAUGAAGUUGAAAGAAUUGCAAGCGGUACACUUUUUAUUGGAGAGAGAAAUGUCACUUGGAUAGAAGAUGGAAAAGGUUUGGGUAUUAUAAUUCCAUAUCAGGCUCUUGUAACACAUGGUAUUUCUAAUGAUAUUAAUGCAUUCCCUGAUAGGUGUUUAUUUUUAACAAUUGAUGCAUCAAAAGUUAAUUUUAAAGCUCCAUCUUCUGUAGAAGAUAUGGAGAAUGAUGAUGAUGAUGAUGAAUAUGAAUGUAUAUAUCUUCGAAUGGUUCCUGCAAAUGAUUCAUUAAGUAUCAUGUUUCAAAUGAUGACAGAAUGUCAAGAAAUGAAUCCAGAUGAAGAUGAUAUGGAAGAUGAAGUUAGUUCAGGAUUUCAAGUGUUAAAUGGAGGAAGUAAUAAUUGGUAUGAUACUACAAAUGGUGAAUCUCUACAAGAUAUGUCAGAACAAGGAAUAGCUAACUAUGACCGUUUGUUUGGAAAUAAAAAAGAUGAUUCAAUGGAUGAUUAG